AUAUUUGGCUUUUAUGGCCAAACGCCUAAAGGUACAAAUACUAAUUGCAGAAAGUACUACACCUAACAAACAACUCCGGCCUGCAAUUCAUUAAAUAACUAAACUUUUACUUCCAUGGGACUCAUAAAAACUAAAGCUAGCAGCAACAAUAACCUCAAAACCCAAUCUCAAAUCCUCAAGAAAACCCAAAAACCGAUUAACCAUGGAUUUCUCGGACAACAACAUGUGGCGUGAUCUUCUACUUCAAGCAACCCUAAUUCUCGUAACAAUCUUCAUGUUCCUUUUCAUGUACAACAUCCCCCAGAAAUUCUUCAAGAAGCUUCGAUUUCGUAACCGGGCCGAUAUGCAAGCGAAACGCCAUUUCGUAAAAGGAGCUCAGCUUCUUUCUCAAGCUAAAUCAACAGCUGCUAAGGAUCGAACGGCUGCUGAUUCACUUGCCAAAUCUGCUGAAGCACAAGCUGAUUUGGCGAUAGCGUUAGAUCCUAAAGAUGCUGCUGCUCACAUACUCAAGGCUUUGGCUCUCGAUUUACAGGGAUUCAAGACGUCGGCACUUGAUUCCAUCGACGUGGCACUAUCGCCGCUUGCCGUGAAGUCAUUAUCAGAGCCGGAGAGAGCUGACGCGUUGUUUAAGCGAGCUGAGUUGAGACUCGCGGUGAGUCGACGCGGACAGGUUGACUCAGUGAUUGAGGAUUUGGCACUGUCUGUUAAGUUGAAGGGGGAUAACGUCAAGGCAUUUUGUUUGUUGGGUGAUUGUUAUGAGAAAAAGGGCUUGAAGGAUGAGGCCCAAAAGGCUUAUCAGGAAGCCCAAAAUGUUCAGCCCAAUUUUGCUCCUGCGAGAGAGGCACUUGAUCGCUUGAAUUCCGAGUCUUGAGGAUUGUUUGGUAGGGUGUAUAAGAAUAAUGUUGAAUAGAUGUAUUAGUAAUGCUGGUGUUAGUAAUAUCGAGAUUAGUAUACUGACAUUAGUUAUGUUGAGAUUAUUUCUUAUCCACCGUUUGAUUUGAUAUAUUAAAAAUAAUUUGCAUUGCAUAA